AUGAUCCUCGAUAUUGUCGGCCUGCUGGCCUUUUCAUAUCUGUCAUGGAGCAUUGUGUCGAUGGAAAGAAACUAUCGGCGAGCCUCGACUAUGGGAAUUCCAUUGGUGCGCCUCUACACCGAUCCAAUGAAUCUUCUGUGGAUGGUUCUUGAGCCCAUCAUCUGGCCCUGGCUUGACCGGCUCCCCAUCAACUGGCGCAACUACAGCUUCGGCCGAUACUCCCGCCGUGGCUGGUACUUUGCCGACCGCGGGGAAUCGCAUCGUCGCUUUGGACCAAUCUGGGCAAUUGUCACUCCACGCGAUGUCUACGUCAAUGUCGCCGACCCGCAGGCCAUUCAUGAGAUUUUCCAGCGUCGAACCGACUUCAUCCGGCCCAGUCACCUGUACAAAGUGUUGGAGAUUUAUGGGCCGUGCAUAUCUACCGCCAGCUGGACGGACUGGCCACGCCAUCGCAAGGUCCUGGCCACUCCGUUCAAUGAGAGCGUCAUGUCCUUCGUAUGGGACGAAAGUGUGGAGCAGACACGCCAGAUGCUUGAAGCAUGGGAUGAUGCCGCUGAGGGUCGGAUUGCCAGUGUUGCGAAGGACACGCGCACCUUAUCCCUCAACGUCCUCGCUGCGACUGGCUUUCGCAAGUCGUUUCCUUUCCAGAGUGCCAAUGACCGCGCCGUUGGUCAGGAGGCUCUUUCCGCUCCUAGUAAAGAGAACGCAGGCUACCGUGACGCCCUUCAGACCGUCCUGGACAACUGCAUUAUUCUCAUGGUUCUACCGCGGAAAUGGCUGGCGCUUCCAUUCGCGCCUCAAUCAUGGCGUCAAAUCUCCAAAGCAGCCGAUGACUUUCAGCGAUAUAUGGUCCGCAUGUUGGAUGAAGAGACCAAGGCCUUGAAUCACGGACAGGCUGGCAAAGGGGGUUUGAUGACAUCGUUUGUGCGGGCCAUGGACCUAAAGCAGAAGGCAGACGCCGAGAGGGGGACUGAAGCUUCUGGCUCCCCACCCAAGGGUCUUACGGUGGAUGAGAUCUUUGGGAACAUUUUUGUGAUUAACUUUGCGGGCCACGAUACCACCGCCAAUACGCUUGCCUUUGGCUUACUCCUGCUGGCGGCAUAUCCCGAGGUUCAAGACUGGGUGGCCGAGGAGCUGCAGGGACUCACCGAAGAAGAAAUCAAGAAUCACUAUACUGAUCUCUUCCCACGCCUUUGCCGCUGUCGAUCUAUUAUGCUCGAGACUCUCCGCCUGUUCCCCCCAAUUCAAGCCUUGCCGAAGUGGACCAGCAGCGAACCCCAAUCCCUUCAAGUCAGUGAUCGGACAAUUGUCAUCCCUAAUGAUGUUGGCGUUCACCCCAGCCUGCUCGCCAUGCACAUCGACGCUCAGUACUGGAGCGACCCAAUGGCCUGGAAGCCUUCGCGCUGGAUCACGGCGGCUGGAGCGUCCGAGCGGGUCAUUACCCCCGCGCGGAGUAGCUUUCUGCCCUGGUCGGACGGACCACAGAAUUGUCCCGGCAAUAAAUUCUCACAAGUGGAGUUUGUAGCCGUCAUGGCUACUCUCCUGCGUACUCAUCGUGUCGACGCCGUCGCCAAUCCCGGCGAAAGUUUCCGGGAUACCCAAGCAAGGGUGCUGGCCACUACGCAGGACGUUGACAUGCAGUUGUUGCUACGCAUGAAGGAUGCGGAUCGCGUGCGAAUGAUGAUACGUCGUGUAGCGUGA